AUGGGAUUGGUGAAGGUAGUUGGACAUGUUGUAGAAGCGCACCCUAAACUCUUCAAUGGAUUAGGAAAGUUGGACAACGAGUACUCAAUUUCGCUCAAAGCCGACUGUACUCCAUAUUCGCUAUCUACUCCGAGGGGAAUCCCAGUACCGUACCUCAAGAAGGUCAAGGGCGAGUUGAAGCGUAUGGAACAUUUGGGAGUUAUAUCUAAAGUAGAGAAACCCACUGAUUGGUGCGCCGGCAUGGUCGUUGUCCCCAAACCAAGAGGGAAAAUACGUAUUUGUACUGACUACACCAAAUUGAAUGAAGCCAGGAGUCGUCGUUACUUACCACUUUCAUCACGCCCGUUUGGACGAUUUCGCUACCAUCGACUUCCGUUUGGAAUCUCGUCAGCUCCGGAGAUUUUCCAGCGGCGGAUGAGUAUGAUUCUAGAGGGUCUCGACGGUGUCAUUUGUCAAAUGGAUGAUACACUUGUAUUCGGUGCCAAUCAUGCCCGACUGAAGGCUGUUCUAGAAUGUCUAGAAAAAGUAUGUCUCACCCUCAACAAGGAAAAAUGCGAGUUCUCCCAGACCACUGUUACAUUCUUGGGACAUGUCAUAGACGAGAAUGGAAUUCGACCCGAUCCCGACAGGAUACAAGCGGUUGUUGACAUGAAGUCGCCUGGAAACAUCAGCGAGUUAAGGAGGUUUUUAGGGAUGGUCAACCAACUCGGGAAGUUCUCAUCGAAAAUUGCUGACCUGACUAAACCUAUGAGAGACUUGCUCAGCUCAAAGAAUGAGUGGAUAUGGGGGAUACAACAAGAGCAGGCUUUCAACAACGUCAAGUCAGAAUUAAGUUCUGCACCGAUACUGGCCUUGUACGAUCCGAGUGGCGAUACCAAACUUUCUGCCGGCACGUCGUCUUAUGGAUUGGGAGCCGUCUUGCUCCAAAAACAAAGAAAUUCGGAGUGGAGAGCAGUCGCGUUCGCGUCACGAUCAAUGACCGAGACCGAGCAAAGGUACGUGCAAGUAGAAAAAGAGGCACUCGCUACUACAUGGGCAUGUGAAAAGUUCUCGAACUAUAUCACCGGACUAUCGUUCGAAAUUGAGACUGACCUCAAACCCCUGGUCGCAUUCUUAGGUUACAAAUCCCUAAAUGAGCUUCCGCCAAGAAUCCAACGAUUCAGAAUGAGGCUAAUGAACUAUACGUACAAUAUAUCAUAUACCCCCGGAACUGGAUCGUCUAUCCGUAUCGCCGAUACACUUUCGAGGGCUCCACUGCCAACAAAGGCGGACAAAAAGGUACAGGAACUUCAGGAGGAAGUUCGCGCCCAUGUCAGUCAAGUGAUUGCGCAACUCCCAGCAACGUCUGGAAGACUGAGUCAAAUACAGGAUCAACAACAGAAGGAUCCGACUUGCAGCGAAAUUAUCAGUUAUCGUCUUCAUGGGUGGCCAGAUAGGAGAACCCUGUCAAAGUCUGCAAAUCUAUUUUGGCCAAUGGCAAGUGAACUAACUGUUCAACAAGGCCUUCUCAUGCGCAAUUCUCGCCUAGUGAUUCCAAUGGCAUUAAGGAGGGAAAUACUGUCCCAAAUACACGAAGGUCACCAGGGGAUCGUAAAAUGUCGUCGCCGAGCUUCAGAAUCAGUAUGGUGGCCUGGAAUGAGCAAGGAUAUUGGGGAUCUCGUUAAAGACUGUCUGCAUUGUGCUAAACACAGAACGGACAAAGCGGAACCCAUGGUUUCAUCAGUUACACCGGAACGCCCAUGGAAGGAGGUCGGAACUGAUCUAUUCUACUUGAACGGUAAUAACGAUGUCUUGGUGGUUGAUUACUUUUCGCGCUACAUUGAAAUUAGCAAACUCAUGGGCACUACGUCACACAUCGUGGUUGAUCACCUGAAAUCCAUAUUCGCUAGACAUGGAAUACCAGAAAUUGUGCGGUCGGAUAAUGGCCCCCAGUAUUGCUCUGAUGUAUUUCGUCAGUUCUCUGCGGAGUACGAAUUUGAACACGUGACAAGUAGCCCUCGAUACGCCCAGAGCAACGGAGAGGCGGAACGGGCAGUGCAAACUGUCAAGAGACUGUUGGACGAAUCUAAAGACCAGUAUCUUACAUUGCUCUCGUAUAGGACCACACCGCUCGAAACAGGACAAUGCCCUGCCGAACUAUUGAUGGGAAGGAAGUUACGUUCAACACUAGUGACACACCCAUCGCUCUAUAAACCCCGAUGGAGAAGUGAUACGUUCCGGAAACGUGAUACAAGUGGGAAGCAAAUUCAGAAAAUAAACUAUGACAAACGUCACAGAGCUCAUGCUCAACAGGAGCCUAAGCCUGGCGACAACGUCUGGGUUAAAGGUACAAAUGUACCUGGAGAUGUGAAGUCGAACCAUCCAACACCCAGGUCCUACAUAGUAAAAACACGCCAGGGAGAAAUAAGGACGAAUCGCAGAUUCUUGGUAAAAACGCAUAGCCCCAUAACGAUUGAACCAAUGGAAAGUGCACAUGAUGAAGAGUCACCGACAACCGACUAUGGAAGCCAUGAGUUGCCUCGAGACGACACUUUCGAUUAUCCAGCAGUCAUACGUACGCGAUCUGGACGAAUAUCCAAAACACCCAAUAGACUGUAUUUAUAA